AUGAAGGCUGGCGGCAAGCUUUGUAAGAUCGUCGGCAUUGGUGUGAACUACACCAGCGAAGAUGAACCUCCCCAGAUGGCAGCAGUCCUGCAACUGUGCGUCGAUGAGCUCUGCUUGGUGUACCACAUCGCAGCGGCCACAAAAUGGCCCAAGCGCCUGAACGAGAUACUGCAGCAUGAGAGGUUGUUCACAUUUGCCGGUUUUAGCAUUGAAAGCGACAAAGAGAAGCUGAAGAUGUCUGGUUUGGAGAUCAACCCCAACAAGUUCAUCGACAUUCAACACCUAUGGAGAGUUCCAUACACCGGAAAAGAGUACGACUCCUUGACUGAUGUUGCAACCAACGUCAUCCACCCAUUCUACAAAGGCAUGAAGAAGAACAUCGACACGCAGGAAGACCACAAACUAUGGGGGAUCAGCCCGCUGCCAAACAACCUCAUCGAGUACACAGGAGUAGAUGCGUACGCCGCGUACAAGUCAUGGAACAUGAUCGACUACAUCACAGAUGGUUGGGAAUUUGCAAAAGAGCGGGAGGCUGACAACUACUACGACUGCCCCUUUUGCCCCUUUUAG